GCGCCGCUCGUCACGUGACGCCGAGCACGUCGUUCCGGCCCGCCGUCCCGGAGCGGCGCGGGGAGGUGACCCGGCCAUGCUGAUCAGCCGCCGGCUGAGGCGCCUGCUGCGGUUGGUGCCCGGCCGGGAGCGGCUCGGCGCGUACCGCCUGCUGCCCUUCUUCUUCGUCCUCGGCGGGGCCAUGGAGUGGUUCAUGAUCAACGUCCGCAUCGGCAAGGAGACGUUCUAUGACGUUUACCGAAGGAAGCGAUCUGAAAGACGAUACGAGGCAAGGAUGGAAAAGAGCGAAUCUUAGCUGAAGGGCUCCCAGGGACACGUGGCGGUGUUUGCACCCGUGCGAUAGAAGCAGUGCUGCAGCGUGGCGGUCUGUGCACGAGGAGCUGCUGGCUGGCGCUCCGGGGCGGUGGUUGUUAGCAGCGCGUUCUGCACUUUUUGCAUUUAACCAAAUUCAACCUUUGUUGGGUUGGUACUUCUAAAUAAACUGAACUGAGCACA